AUGAAAAUGAAACUUAUUAAAUUUUUUAAAAAUAAGAAUAAUGAUAUUUAUGCAAAGAUAUUUGGAAUUAACCUUUAUUAUAAGGCAUUUGAAGCUGCCGGAACAUUAUUUUUAAUUGUUUUUGAAUUUCUUGUUAUGUCAAUAGAAUAUAUAUAUUUAAAUGAUCCUUUUAAUGUCAUAGCUAUUUUUGUGUGUUUUGGUUGUCUUGCAAUAAUAUCAUCAAUAUAUAUUAAAGGACACCUUAGAUUUGGAUUAUCUACAUAUAUUAUUUAUAAUGUUUGUCAAAUAAUAUUUUCUAUAAUAUUUACAUACUAUUACAUCAUCAAACAAUUAGAAGAUGAUGAAGGUAUAAAGAAACAUGGUAUAGAUAUGAAAACUUUGUCAAGUUAUCUUUUUAUUAUAUUUGAAUCUAAAAUUCAUUUACUUUUUAUUUAUAUAGUCAGUCGACUUUUAAUUAUUAUUUGUUUUAUUGAAUUUACUAUUUUUAAAUUAAAUACCACCUGGAUUUUACCAAAAUCUGAUCUUGAAGGUAUUGAAAUUCGUCAUACCUAUUAA